CUCGCCCUUAUCUUCUUCUGGUUUCCCACCCUCCUCUGUUUUUAAUCUUCUUCUUCUUUUUGUCUGUCAUCUUCAAUCCCUUCUUCUUUUUUUCCCAUCCUCUCUCAGAAAGUGGUCGUGUGCGUAACUUAGCUUAGCCAUCACCACCAUCUGCAACUACGUCACUGUUGCAGCAGCACCUUACUUACUCUCACAUACCCCACAACGCCUCUCUCGACAUCACCAUGACUACUCAGGCUCUGCCUCCCAACGCUGCCAAUGCCUUCGACUACAUCAUUGUCGGCGGCGGCACUGCUGGCUGCGUCCUGGCCUCUCGCCUCUCCAGCUACCUGCCCGAGAAGAAGGUCCUUGUGAUUGAAGGCGGCCCUUCCGACUUCAACCUCAACCAGGUUCUCAACCUCCGCGAAUGGCUUACCUUGCUCGGUGGUGAUCUCGACUACGACUACCCCACCACCGCACAGCCCAAUGGCAACAGCCACAUCCGCCAUUCGCGCGCAAAGGUCCUCGGCGGCUGCUCCUCUCACAACACCCUCAUUUCCUUCCGCCCCUUCAGACAUGACAUGGACCGGUGGGUAGCGCAGGGCUGCAAGGGCUGGACCUUUGAGAAUGUCACCCGCCACAUUGACAACCUCCGCAACACCUUCCAGCCCGUCCACGCCCGCCACCGCAAUCAGCUCUGCAAGGACUGGGUCCAAGCCUGCUCCGACGCCUUCAACAUCCCCGUCAUUUCCAACUUCAACGAGGAGAUUCGCGAGACCGGCAAGCUCACCCAGGGCGCUGGCUUCUUCAACGUCUCCUACAACCCCGACGAUGGCAAGCGCAGUAGUGCCUCUGUCGCCUACAUCCACCCCAUCCUCCGUGGUGAGGAGCGCCGCCCUAACCUGACCAUCCUCACCGAGGCCUGGGUGUCCAAGGUGCUUGUUGAGAACGAUGCCGCUACCGGUAUUGUUGUCACCCUCAAGUCUGGCCAGACCUUAACUCUCCGCCCCCGCAAGGAGAUUAUCCUCUCCGCUGGCGCUGUCGAUACCCCCCGUCUCAUGCUUCACUCGGGCCUUGGUCCCCGCGCUCAGCUCGAGGGCCUCGGUAUCCCCGUUGUCAAGGACAUUCGUGGAGUUGGCGAGAACCUCGUCGAUCACCCCGAAACCAUCAUCAUGUGGGAGCUUAACAAACCUGUUCCCGCCAACCAGACCACCAUGGACUCUGACGCCGGCAUCUUCCUGCGCCGCGAGGCCCACAACGCUGCCGGCAACGACGCCGAUGCUGCUGACAUCAUGAUGCACUGCUACCAGAUCCCCUUUACCCUCAACACGGGCCGUCUCGGCUACCGUGAGGUUCCCGAUCAGUACGCCUUCUGCAUGACCCCCAACAUCCCCCGCCCCCGAUCUCGCGGCCGCAUCUACCUUACCUCGGCCGAUCCCAGCGUCAAGCCUGCCCUCGACUUCCGCUACUUCACCGACCCCGAGGGCUACGAUGCCGCUACUCUUGUCGCCGGUAUCAAGGCCGCCCGCAAGGUCGCCGAGCAGGCUCCCUUCAAGGACUGGCUCAAGGAGGAGGUUGCUCCUGGCCCCAAGGUCCAGACAGACGAGGCCAUCAGCGAGUACGCCCGCCGUGCUGCCCAUACCGUCUACCACCCUGCUGGUACCACCAAGAUGGGUGAUGUCGCCAAGGAUGAGUUCGCCGUCGUCGACUCUGAGCUCAAGGUCCGCGGUAUCAAGAACCUCCGCAUUGCUGAUGCCGGUGUCUUCCCCGAGAUGCCCUCCAUCAACCCCAUGCUUACCGUGCUUGCCAUUGGUGAGCGUGCUGCUGAGAUGAUUGCCAUGGAGGAGGGCUGGAAGCUCGAUGCCAACAAGUCCAGACUCUAAGCGUGCUGUGUGUUGUCAUUUUUUUGUAAAACUUCUUGUUUAUUCAUGGACCACGUGUGUCAGCUGGUGCUGCCCAAUCUAGUAUGAAUAGUUUUCCUUUGUUCUUGGAGUAUAUGAGUUUGGAUAUGUAGGGAUUUAUAUACCAUCAAUGUUAUGACUAUUUCCAUUACAUUCUUCAAUCACGCCCUUCGUAAUUGUGCUGAGUCGGCCUCAGUAAGUUGUAAACCUAUCCCUUGGUCCUGUUCGGUAAUUACAUUGUUCCUUGGGCUGUCUCGGAACUCUGCUGUUAGCCAUAGCCUUAAUGAUUGUAAUAAUUAGUCUAAUUGAUAUUAAAUAACAAUCUCACAAUUUUACUGUUUUUGAUACUAUUUAAUAACAGCUUUACCGACUUUUGAUUAGACUUGUG